AUGUAUUUGUAUGUGUUGGUUCCUUCUGAUUGUCUGAAAGUUGAUUGUUUGCCAAAUAAAAUGAUGCAGCAUCUUCGAGAGACCAGACCCUUACUAUUAGCCGAUGACGAUGAUGAACGAGUCCCAGCCAUCGUUUUCAAACCUCCACCAACUAAAGCGACAAGGGAAAAUAUCAGAUCUGAAGGUUUGCACAAAGGGGCCGCGGUAGUUAUCUCGAAAUGGCCAGAGCGCACUUCUCAAAGGGCUGUAAGACAAUCUACGGGACAAGAAUUUAAGUGCCCAGGCAUCGGAUUCUUCCCGGAUGAACAUGAUUGCGAGACAUUUUAUCGCUGUGUAGAAUGGGGACAAGGACCACCCAUGUCAUUUCGUUUUCGAUGUGGUCCCGGUACCGUAUUUGCGCCGGGACCCGACGUAUGUGUUCAUCCUGCAGAUUCAGGUCGUGAGAUGUGUGGAGCCACUUCGAUUACAACCACAUCUAGAAUUUCAACUACUCGAAAUGAUUUUAAUAACAAGGAAGGAUUUUUUGGCGUAUCUAACGAUUGCAGAAAAUUCUACAGGUGUGUCGUAAAUAAUAAGGCAUUUGACAAGUAUGAAUAUACUUGCGCAAAUGGUACAGUUUGGAAUGACCGAGUGAAAAGCUGUAACUACCCAUGGACUGUGCCAGGCUGUGAAAAUUAUUAUGGGUCGGGCUCCGAAUCGCAGUAUCUGUCACAAUCUAGUCAGACUUCGAAUAGUGCAAGUACCAGCACCUCUAGCACAAGCAACAGCAGCAGUAGUAGUAGCAGUAGCAGCAGCAGCGGUAGUGUCAGCAGCAGUAGUAGUAGCAGUAGCAGUAGCAGUAGCAGUAGCAGUAGUAGUGGCAGUGGCAGUAGCAGUAGCAGUAGCAGUAGUAGUAGUUCGAGCACUAACACUAAUAAUCAGUCAUGGAGUAAUAAUCAAAACUCACAAUCGUCCACAUCAUCUUCCAGUGAAAAUACUUCUUCAAAUACUCAGUCAAAUGCUGAUAAUAACGUAAACGAAAUUGACAGCAACGAACUGGCCAGUUCUUUUCCGUCAGCUGCUGGAAAUGCAUCGCACUUUAUGAAUAAUAAUAUAUGUAAAAAGGAAGGAUUUGUUGCCGACCCUACUAACUGCCGAAAAUUUUAUAGAUGUGUGAAAAAUGAUAAUCACCAGUUUCUUAAAUAUGAUUUUACUUGCGGUCCUGGAACUGCAUGGGAUACAAAAAUACAAGGAUGUAAUCAUAUUAAUUUAGUUCCGAGAUGUAUGAUUGAAAACGCACAGACUGAUCAAGCAAACCAGUCUACUUUUCCCGGUCAAUCUGGCGAACAAGGACAUUCUGGUCGGCCUGGACAACCCAAUCAACAAGGACAAAAUGGCCAGCAAGGACAAUACGGCCAGCAAGAACAAUACGGCCAGCAUGGCCAAUACGGUCAGCAAGGACAAUACGGCCAGCAAGGACAACACGGCCAGCAAGGACAAUACACGGCCAGCAAGGACAAUACAGUCAGCAAGGACAAUACGGUCAGCAAGGACAAUACGGUCAACAAGGACAAUACGGCCAACCAGGACAAUACGGCCAACAAGGGCAAUACGGUCAACAAGGACAACCUGGUAAACCAGCACAAACCGGUCAGCCAAGUCAAUCUGGUCAUCCAGGUCAAUCUGGUCAGCCAGGUCAGCCAGGUCAACCCGCUCAGCAAGGGCAGUAUGGUCAACAUGGACAGCCAGGUAAACCAUCACAAACCGGUCAGCCAGGCCAACCUGGUCAACCAGAAAGACCCGGUCAGACAGGUCAAUACGGCCAGCCAGGACAGUCUGGUAAGCCCGAACAACCCGGUCAGCUACAACAAACCGGCCAGUCAGGACAACUCGGUCAGCAGGGACAACCCAGUCAACAGGGACAACCAGUCAACAGGGAAACCUGGUAAACCAGCACAAACCGGUCAGCCAGGUCAGCCUGGUCAACCAAUUCAACCUGGUCAGCCAGGUCAAUACGGUCAGCCAGGGCAAUCUGGUAAACCCGAACAACCCGGUCAGCAGGGACAACUCGGUCAGCAGGGACAAUCCGGUCAGCCAGGACAACCCGGUCAGCCAGGACAACCCGGUCAACCAGGACCACCAGGUCAACCAGGUCAACCAGGACCACCAGGACAACCAGGACAGCCCGGUCAGGCAGGACAGCCAGGACAGUCCAGUCAGCCAGGACAGUCCGGUCAGUUAGCACAACCCGGUCAGUCAGCACAACCCGGUCAGUCAGGACAAUCCGGUCAGCCAGGACAACCCGGUCAGCCAGGGCAACCCGGGCAGCCAGGGCAACCCGGGCAGCCAGGGCAACCCGGCCAGCCAGGGCAACUCGGCCAGCCAGGGCAACUCGGCCAGCCUGGGCAGUCAUCACCCAUAGGCACUGUUUGCACGCAGGAAGGUUUUAUGGGUGACCCAUUAGAUUGCACAGUAUUUUAUAGAUGCGUAGAUGACGGCAAAGGCGGAUUGAUCAGAUAUAAAUUUACUUGUGGUCCCGGUACCGCUUGGGAUAACAGCAUUCAAGCCUGUAAUCAUAAAUCGGUAGUUGCCAGAUGUGAACAAUCUGGUCAAUCAGAACAUUCCAGUCAAUCAGGACAAGAAGUCCAGACAGGACAACCUGGACGGCCCGGUCAGUUAGGUCAGCUGGAACAGCCGGGGCAACCAGGACAGCCUGGAGAGCCAGGACAGCCAGGACAGUCAGGACAGUCCGGUAAGCCGGGACAGCCCGAUCAACCUGGACAGCCCGCCGGUGGACAGCCCGGUCAAACAGGACAGCCCGGUCAACCUGGACAACCCGGUCAGACAGGACAGCCCGGUCAGCCAGGACAGCCAGGACAGUCAGGACAGUCCGGUAAGCCGGGACAGCCCGAUCAACCUGGACAGCCCGGUCAGCCAGGACGGCCCGGACAGUCCGGUCAGCCAGGACAGCCUGGUCAGCCAGGACAGCCAGGACAGCCAGGGCAACCCGGUCAACCAGCACAAACCGGUCAACCAGUGCAAUCCGGUCAGCCAGGGCAGCCCAGUCAACCAGCACAAUCCGGUCAACCAGCACAAUCCGGUCAGCCAGGACAAUCCGGUCAGCCAGGACAACCCGGUCAGCCAGGACAACCCGGUCAGCAAGGACAAUCCGGUCAGCCAGGACAAUCCGGUCAGCCAGGACAACCCGGUCAGCCAGGACAACCCGGUCAGCCAGGACGACCCGGUCAGCCAGGACAACCUGGUCAGCCUGGGCAGUCAUCAACCAUAGGCACUGUUUGCACCCAGGAAGGUUUUAUGGGUGACCCAUUAGAUUGCACAGUAUUUUAUAGAUGCGUAGAUGACGGCAAAGGCGGAUUAAUCAGAUAUAAAUUCACUUGUGGUCCAGGUACCGCUUGGGAUAACAGCAUUCAAGCCUGUAAUCAUAAAUCGGUGGUUGCCAGAUGUGAACAAUCUGGUCAAUCGGAACAUUCCAGUCAAUCAGGACAAGAAGUCCAGGCAGUACAACAAGGACAGACAGGUCAAGGUGGCCAAUCAGGGCAAACUGGUCAAGCAGGACAACAUGGUCAACCAGGACAACCUAGUCCAGCUGUACAGCCCGGUCAACCAGGUCAACCAGGACAGCCCGGUCAGUCGGGUCAGCUAGAACAGCCAGGACAGCCAGGACUGCCAGGGCAGUCAGGACAGCCAGAACAACCCGGUCAACCAGGACAAUCUGGUCAAGCAGGACAACCCGGUAAGCCAGAGCAACCCGGUCAACCAGCGCAAUCCGGUCAGCCAGGACAGCCCGGUCAACCUGCACAAUCCGGUCAACCAGCGCAAUCCGGUCAACCAGCACAAUCCGGUCAACCAGCGCAAUCCGGUCAGCCAGGACAGUCCGGUCAGCCAGGACAGCCAGGACAGCCAGGUCAGCCAGCGCAAUCCGUUCAGCCGGGACAAUCCGGUCAACCAGGACAAUCCGGUCAGCCAGGACAACCCGGUCAGCCAGGACAACCCGGUCAGCAAGGACAAUCCGGUCAGCCAGGACAAUCCGGUGAACCAGGACAACCCGGUCAGCCAGGACAACCCGGUCAGCCAGGACAACCCGGUCAGCCAGGACAACCCGGUCAGCCAGGACAAUCCGGUCAGCCAGGACAACCCGGUCAGCAAGGACAAUCCGGUCAGCCAGGACAAUCCGGUGAGCCAGGACAACCCGGUCAGCCAGGACAACCCGGUCAGCCAGGACAGCCCGGUCAGCCAGGACAACCCGGUCAGCAAGGACAAUCCGGUCAGCCAGGACAAUCCGGUCAGCCAGGACAAUCCGGUCAGCCAGGACAACCCGUCAGCCAGAACAACCCAGUCAGCCAGGACAACCCGGUCAGCCUGGGCAGUCAUCACCCAUAG